AUGAAGCCUGCGCUGCUGGAAGUGAUGAGGAUGAACAGAAUCUGCCGGAUGGUGCUGGCCACUUGCUUGGGAUCCUUUAUCCUGGUCAUCUUCUAUUUCCAAAGUAUGUUGCACCCAGUCAUGCGGAGGAAUCCCUUCGGUGUGGACAUCUGCUGCCGGAAGGGGUCCCGAAGCCCCCUGCAGGAGCUCUACAAUCCCAUCCAGCUGGAGCUCUCAAACACCGCUGUCCUGCACCAGAUGAGGCGGGACCAGGUGACAGACACGUGCCGAGCCAACAAUGCCAUGAGCCGCAAGCGGCGGGUGCUGACCCCCAAUGACCUGAAACACUUGGUGGUGGACGAGGACCAUGAGCUCAUCUACUGCUACGUGCCCAAGGUGGCGUGUACCAACUGGAAGCGGCUCAUGAUGGUCUUGACGGGCCGGGGCAAGUACAAUGACCCCAUGGAGAUCCCAGCAAACGAGGCCCACGUGUCGGCCAACCUGAAGACCCUGAACCAGUACAGCAUCCCGGAAAUCAACCACCGCUUGAAAAGCUACAUGAAGUUCCUGUUUGUCCGGGAGCCCUUCGAGAGGCUGGUGUCUGCCUACCGCAACAAGUUCACCCAGAAGUACAACACCUCCUUCCACAAGCGGUACGGCACCAAGAUCAUCAAACGCCAGCGGAAGAACGCCACCCAGGAGUCCCUGCGCAAAGGGGACGAUGUCAAGUUCGAGGAGUUCGUGGCCUAUCUCAUCGACCCGCACACCCAGCGGGAGGAGCCGUUCAACGAGCACUGGCAAACCGUGUACUCCCUCUGCCACCCCUGCCACAUCCACUACGACCUCGUGGGCAAGUACGAGACACUGGAAGAGGAUUCUAACUACGUGCUGCAGCUGGCAGGAGUGGGCAGCUACCUGAAGUUCCCCACCUAUGCAAAGUCUACGAGAACUACUGAUGAAAUGACCACAGAAUUCUUCCAGAACAUCAGCUCGGAGCACCAGACGCAGCUUUACGAAGUCUACAAACUCGAUUUUUUAAUGUUCAAUUACUCAGUGCCAAGCUACCUGAAAUUGGAAUAA